AUGUCAUCAAAUCAUCUAUUUUCCCGCUAUUCAUAUAAAGACAAUGAAGUUCCAAGCUAUUCUGGCCCUACUCGCUGUUACCGGCGCUGUUGCCUCCCCAGUCAGCGACAAAGAUCUCCAGCUUGAAAAGAGAGCAUCCUGUAACGUCUGUGUUACUACCGUUAAGGGGAAUAGUGAGACAAUUUGGGGCAGAGGAAUUCCAUAUGAGCAAGGUGGCUUGACCACGCGGAAUGUAUACAUUGGAUGUGAUGCUUUGAUCGAUCGCAAGCGAUCUACUCGAUGUUCCGACUGGAGUGUCUGGACGCGAGGUGACUGUGGAAGAGUUACCAAGCAGCAGCCUUGUUGAAUGACAUCGCAGACCGGCAAAUUCCAUGCGUACCAUUGCUCACUGGUGUUUAAACUACAAAAUGGC